UCUUCCUCCGGCGGGGGCGUUUGCUACCUGUGUGAAGAGGCGAAAUUCACAGGAGGAGUUAAGAGAGAGGAGGGGGGUGGAUGAGACAGAGAGAAACUGGAAUUUUAAGAGGAAUUAAAACAAAACAAUGUAUUUAAAAUAUAUGUAGAUAUUAACGAGACUUGUAUAUAUUUUUAAAAAACCCCACACGCCGACCCGGACCACAGAGUCGGACCCGCGAUACUAAAGGGUGAAAACAAAACAAACAAAACGAGCAGAAAAUACUACUUACUCGUGUGGGGAAAGGAAAAAAAAGACUGAAGAAAACACUACGGAAGGGAGGAGGAGAAGAAGAAGGAAAGACAAGAGGAAUUGAAGCAUGGGGUUUGGGGUUUGGAUAUUAUAUUUACACGCGCCCUCCCCAAAUAAUAAUUAUCAACAUCUUAACCGCACCGUGACUUUUGCAGUGUCGCUAGGAAGCAGUUAUGAAGCUGGAUUAUAUGUGAAAAUAGUUAGGCUAUAAUCAAUUCUAUCAAACAUAUAAUUUCAUUUUAAACGGGGACUCUGUGUUUUAAUGGAUGCACAGUAAUGCACCGUGCCCGGCUAUGGGGUAUUAUUUUUUUAAAAAAACUAAAAUUUCUCUCAGUACUUGUCUGCGAUUUAUCUUUUUUUAAAUGCAAACCGGUGUAAUUAUCCAGCAGACCAAACUCGAACAAAAUAGCAGGCAGUACUACUAGCGAGGUAUAAUUGUAAACUAAAAUUUAUACAGGUUAAAAAAAAAAAAAAAUACGUUUGUCUUAAAAUGAGGAAUUGGGUCAAAAUGGUCACGUCCAUGUCAUUGUUUAUUAAGAGAGAGGCACAUUUACACCGGGGUUAAAAUAAAUGUUAUUUUUCAGUUCGAGUACGGAUGUUUACAGUGUGUUUAUUAUUAUUAUUUUUUUUAAUUUAAAAUAUAUAUAUAUACUGUUAAAAUUAGUUAUAUAUGCGCAGUAAUCCAAAGUCAUUAAAAAAAAAAAAAAACACGUUUAUAUUAUUGCAAUGUAACCAGCGGGGAGAAUUGCAAUUUCAGUGGUGUGGAGUUUUAUUUCAACGCAUGUUGAUGUGCAGUUGGUAUUUCCUGUUUUAUUGUAGCAAAAACGAGUCAGGCAUCUGGCUCUAUUCUAGUACAAUUGAUUCUUUGUUUACUAAUAAUCAGCUUUCUAAAUUGUCAGUUUUAAAAAAAAUAAAUAAAUAGGGAACAGCGUGAGUUAGCUGACGCGCACAACAACACAUAAAUUGGUCGUUGCUUUUUACUUCGCUGCGUCUAUCGCCAGCUUGACAGAAGCAGCGUUUUCUGGGGGAGUUCGGAAUUUGUACACAACUUGAGGCAGCUUCAUCCGGAGUUGAUCCGACACCCCUGUUUAUUGCACCGUGCUUAUAACCGGCCGCCUACACGCAAUGGAGAACCCGACGUUGUAACGGCAGGGCCCAGUAGCCUCGUACCGGCGGCGGAGAUCAGGUGUCGCGGGGCAUCCCCGUCGACUUACCGAAGGAAAGGAUGGGCUCCCAAGUGUUACAGAUAUUGAGGCAAGGGGUGUGGGCCUCCCUCACCGGGGGGUGGUUCGUUGACCCCCAUCAAAGCACCUUUUCCAACUGCUUUCACCUCUACGUGUGGAUAUUUCUGCUGGCGUUUCCCUUUCUGCUGUACAUGGCUCUGCCCUCCAGUAUCCUGGUCGCUGGGGUGUACUGUCUGGUGGUAGCUGCCUUCUUCACAGCGGUCAAGGUGGUGAAUUUCCGGCUCCACGCCAUGUUUGACCAGGGGGAGAUUGUGGAGAAGAGGCAGGACGCGUCGACGAGAGGCGAGGACGGAGAGGGAGGAGCGCUGCACGACCGGAGCCAAACCAGGGAUGCGGGGGGAGGGGUGGAGAUGAUAGUGUUUCGGAAAGUCAGCUCCACACCACCAGUACGCUGCAGCUCCCAGCAUUCCCUCUUUGGGUUAAACCAAGUCUCGGAGUUUCUGCCACGCCUGGAUGACGCAAGAGGCUCAAAAGAUAUCCGGGAGUUGAUGAGGGAGCGGGGCAGUAACAACGGGAUCGUCACAGCGGCAGACCGCGAGAUCCUGAAACGCAGCUCUCUCGACUUCAUUGGUGGUGCCGGUGCGGUCCAUUCGGAUCAGUUGACCUGCGUGUCUGCAGCUCUGGCUGGAGGGGAGCUCCCGGGGUUCGUGGGGGCGACGGGGGGGUUCCCAGCCUCCCCUCCCUCCCCUUCCAGCCGGGGUGACGAUGAGGAAGAAUUAUCAUCAUCCUCCCCUUCGGAUCCGUCCCAAAGCCUGGCCGCUGGGGAGCUGACCUUGACCCCGGGCAAAGAGGUGGGGGGCUACUCCCCUCUGGGACCCUGCGGGGAGUCGGAGAGCCUUGGGGACACCCCCCUGAGCCCCCUGAUCAAGAGCAGCCUGAGCGAGGAGAUGAGCGAGAAGCUGCUGGGGCUGGGGCUUGGCGAGGGGGGGAGCUCGAGGGCCCACCUCUCCUCCAGCCUCACAGCCCAGGGCCCGUCCGCGGUGAAGAAGGCGGCGCCCAAAGCCGGCUCCACCGACAGCUGCUUCAGCGGGGGCACCGACAGAGAGACCCUGAGCACAGUCAGCAGCUUCCGGAGCGAGAAAACUGACUCCACCCAGCUGGAGAGCCCUUCCCUGGGGGGAAACCUCCAUCACGCAGCCCCUUCCGAGACCACAGAGCAGCAGAGGGACCCGCCUGCGGCAGUCGGUUUAGGGGGCAGCGACACGGACGACCUUUCUGACAGCGAGCUUCUCAGAUCCCCUGCCAGGGAGUUCUCCUUGGGACUGGACAACGCUGUGGUGGAGCAGAGCGAGGUGGGCGCGACACUAGAUCCUUCCUCGCCCUCCGGCAGCGGGCACUCGGGGGAGUUCGGGCACAAGCCCAGGGUGCGGCAGACCAACUCGGUCCCAGCUGUUCUCGGGCAAGGGUCUUCCGAACCCGCCCUGCCCGCCCCGUCCCCGUUCCUCCUGCCGGAGAGGAGUGAGAGUGAGAGGGAGGAGCAGCAGGUGGUCCGGCCCAAAGACCUCAAGCUGCUGCGGGGCGGGACUGUGACCGGUCUGGGGCACAAGCCAGGUCGGAGGAAGGUGCCGCGCAAACGGGGCGGGGUGGGCAGCAGCAGCUUCGACUGCGGCUCCUACCGUCGCAACCACAACCACAACCACCACAGAGACUACAUCCCGGUGCGCAGCCUCCUGGGGGCCAAGGCCUACAGCGAGAGCUUGUUUGAAGACUCCAGCGAUGACGACGAGGACGGCAGUGAAGGCAGCGACAUCAGCCGGGGCUCCAGCCUGGGCUCCCAGCGGCGCUACAGCUCCGACGACGAUGAUUCCAGCUCUUCCACUUCCUGUUACUCCCCUGACUCCGCCUCUGCCACCCAGGCCCCGCCCCCUCCUCAGCAUCCGCUCCUCCCCAACCCCGCCCACCACCACCACCAACACCAUAGCAAAGAGUCUGAUUCCACGCAUCAAAGAGGCGCCCGGCGGUCGGCCAGCACGGCCAGCGCAAAGACUCACGCUCGCGUCCUGAGCAUGGACAGAGGCGGGGAACCGGCCGCCCGUCCCCUGACGGUCUCCAAAUCGGACCUGGAGGCCCGCGCCAGUGAGAACUCAGACCCCUUCGCCGCUCGGCACCGGCUGGAGUCCCUGGGCGGCGUCUGGGCCGGGAAUCAGACAGGCUGGAGAGCUGGGGAGCUGCCAGAGGAGGGCGCUGUCGGGGGAGCUGCUGCCCCAGAAGAGGGGGGCGUCAAGCGAGACUCGGGGAGCAGCGUGAAGAGGAAGCAGGUGAUCCGAAGAAGACACAACGCAGGCAGCAACCCCACCCCCCCGCCCUCCACCAUGGGCUCCCCCCCCAGUCUGCAGGAUAUUCAGCGCGCUCGGACCUCCAGCCACUCUCGGGUGCUCACUCUCCCCUCGGCCCUGCAGUUCGCCUCCUCCCUGCUGCUCCCCCGCGGCGGGGUGCACGAGGCCUCCACCUUCGACGACACGACGGAGGGAGCGGUGCACUACUUCUACGACGAGGGCGGUGUCCGUCGAUCCUACACCUUCGGUCCAGCAGGAGGAGGUUAUGAAGACCCAGUCCAGGAGCGUCAGUCCCAAUCCUCCAGCUUCACUUCCAACGAUGUCCAGGAGGGGGCAGGGCAGGUGCUGUCCGUGCUGCAGCCCAGACCUGUGGUGCUACAGGGCAUGCAGGUGCGCAGAGUCCCGCUGGAGAUACCCGAGCCCUCGCUGCUUCAGUUCGACCUGGAUCACGAGUCCCUGCACGAGUCCCAGGAGAACACGCUGAUGAUCGAGGAGGAGAAGAGCAAGCUCAAGCAGUACUACCGCUUCUGGGUGCUGCCGGGGAAGUGGCUCCGAGUGUGCUACGACCGUCUCGCCCUGCUAGCCCUGCUGGACAGGAACCGCAGCGUGGUGGAGAGCGUGUUGGCAGUGGCGCUGGCCAGCCUGGUCUCGUUCCUGGGGUACCUGCUUCUCCUCGAGGGCUUCUUCAGGGAUAUCUGGGUCUUCCAGUUCUGUCUGGUAAUCGCCAGCUGCCAGUACUCCCUGCUCAAGAGUGUACAACCAGACGCUGCCUCUCCUAUGCAUGGUCACAACUGGAUCAUCGCGUACAGCCGGCCGGUGUAUUUCUGCCUGUGCUGUGUGUUGAUCUGGCUCUUCAACAUGGGGGGUAACUCCCAGAGCCAGCUCUCCAUCACCCUGUACGGGGUCACCUUCUUCUCCGCGGGAUUCCUGCUCUGCGCGCGGGACCUGCUGAUCGUUUUCACACUCUGUUUUCCUGCCAUCUUCCUCUUCGGCCUCCUCCCUCAAGUGAACACCUUUCUCAUGUGCCUGCUGGAGCAGGUGGACAUGCACCUCUUCGGGGGCUCAGCCACGACGAGCCCCCUCUCUGCUCUGUACAGUGUCCUGCGCAGUAUCCUAGUGGCAGCCCUGCUGUACGGAUUCUGCCUCGGAGCCAUCAAGGCUCCCUGGGAUGACCUCCACGUGCCUGUGCUGUUCUCUGUGUUCUGUGGGCUGCUCCUCGCUCUCUCCUACCACCUCAGCCGCCAAAGCAGCGACCCCACCGUGCUGUGGUCCCUGAUCCGAUCCAAGUUCUUUCCGGAGCUGGAAAUCCGGAGCCCGGAGGAUCCGACGGUGGAGAUCAAGGAUCCUCUUCCGGAAAAACUCCUCAACUCUGUGAGAGAGAUUCUCCACUCUGAUCUGGUCAUGUGCACUGUGAUCGCUGUCAUCACCUUCGCUAUCAGUGCCAGCACUGUCUUCAUCGCACUGCAGCCCUGGCUCAGCUUGGUCCUGUACUCCCUGGCUGGGGUGCUGGGAUUCGUGACCCACUACCUGCUUCCUCAGCUUCGCAAGCAGCUUCCCUGGUUCUGUUUCGCUCACCCUGUGCUGCGCUCACACGAGUACAGCCAGUUCGAGGUUCGAGACGCUGCCCAGCUCAUGUGGUAUGAGAAGGGCUACGCCUGGCUGCAGUGCAUCGAGAAGUACCUCAUCUACCCGGCUGUCAUCCUCAACUCUCUGACCACAGAGGCACGGGCUGUGAGCAGCCAGCCGGAGAAACUGGGAGUCUAUAGCCGUUCUCUGUUGAUCUCGAUGGCUGGGAUGAAGCUGCUUCGCUCCUCUUUCUGCUCUCCCUCCCAGCAGUACGUCACUCUGUGCUUCACCGUGCUGUUCUUCCGCUGCGAUUACCAGCGCUUCUCCGAGACCUUCCUGCUCGAUUACUACUUCAUGUCCAUACUGUUCAGCAAGCUGUGGGACCUGCUGUAUAAACUGCGUUUCGUGCUCACCUACAUCGCACCCUGGCAGAUCACCUGGGGCUCCGCCUUCCACGCCUUCGCCCAGCCUUUCGCUGUGCCCCACUCGGCCAUGCUCUUCGUCCAGGCUGUGUUCUCCGCUCUCUUCUCCACUCCUCUCAACCCCCUGCUGGGCAGCGCUGUCUUCAUCACCUCCUACACACGGCCCGUCAAGUUCUGGGAGCGGGACUACAACACUAAGCGAGUGGAUCACUCCAACACACGCCUGGCUACCCAGCUGGACAGGAACCCAGGCGCGGACGACAACAACCUGAACUCUAUUUUCUACGAGCACCUGACCCGCUCCCUGCAGCACAGCCUGUGCGGAGACCUGCUGCUGGGGCGCUGGGGGAACUACAGCACGGGGGACUGCUUCAUCCUGGCCUCGGACUACCUCAACGCACUGGUGCACGUCAUCGAGAUCGGGAACGGACUGGUCACCUUCCAGCUCAGGGGCCUGGAGUUCAGAGGUACAUACUGCCAGCAGCGGGAGGUGGAGGCGAUCACGGAGGGAGUGGAGGAGGACGAGGGUUGCUGCUGCUGUGAGCCGGGGCACCUCCCCCACAUGCUGUCCUUCAACGCAGCCUUCGGGCAGCGCUGGCUGGCCUGGGAGGUGGCUGCUACCAAGUAUGUGCUGGAGGGCUACAGCAUCAGCGAUAACAACGCAGCUUCCAUGCUGCAGGUGUUCGACCUGCGCAAGAUUCUCAUCACGUACUACGUCAAGAGUAUAAUCUACUACGUGACUCGCUCGCCCAAGCUGGAGGAGUGGCUGGCCAACGAGACAAUAGCGGAGGCGCUCCGCCCUUGCAGCGUCCCCGGCUAUGCCGACAGCGACCCGACCUUUAACCUCAACAUCGACGAGGACUACGACCAACGCCUGGCCGGCAUCACUCCCAACGCCUUCUGCAGCUUCUACCUGGACUGGAUCCAGUACUGCAACAGCCGACGGCAGGAGCCCGUGAAUGUCGAGCGAGACUCCCCCAUGGUCACCCUGUGUUUCGGACUCUGUAUUCUGGGACGGAGAGCUCUGGGGACGGCCUCACACAGCAUGUCAGCCAGUCUGGAGCCCUUCCUGUACGGGCUGCACGCUCUCUUUAAGGGGGAUUUCAGGAUCACGUCCCCCAGAGACGAGUGGGUCUUUGCGGACAUGGAUCUGUUGCACAGAGUGGUGGCUCCUGGAGUCCGGAUGUCCCUCAAACUCCACCAGGACCACUUCACCUCCCCGGAUGAGUUUGAGGACCCCGUGGUCCUGUAUGAUGCCAUCACCUCCAACGAGGAGAAGAUGCUGAUCUCUCACGAGGGCGACCCCGUGUGGCGCAGCGCCAUCCUGACCAACACGCCCUCCCUGCUGGCGCUGCGGCACGUCAUGGACGAUGGCAGCGACGAGUACAAGAUCAUCAUGCUGAACAAGAGGUUCCUCAGCUUCAGGGUCAUCAAGGUGAAUCGGGAGUGCGUGCGUGGGCUGUGGGCGGGGCAGCAGCAGGAGCUGGUCUUCCUGAGGAACCGGAACCCGGAGCGGGGCAGCAUCCAGAACGCCAAGCAGGCGCUGCGCAACAUGAUCAACUCGUCCUGCGACCAGCCCAUCGGGUACCCCAUCUACGUGUCCCCCCUCACCACCUCCUACGCGGGGGCCCACGCCCAGCUGCGCUCCGUCUGGGGGGGUCCCAUCAGCCUUAAGAACAUCUCCGACUGGUUCAUCAGCAGCUGGAGCAGGUUACAGAAGGGUUGCGGGGCAGGUUGUAACAGCGGAGGGAACAUCGAGGACUCUGACUGCGGAGGGGGCUCCUCAUCAAUCACCAACAACCCCCCCAGCCACUCCACGCAGAGCAUGGGACCCCCCAGCACACACCCCCCGCCCGUCAGCACCACGCAGCCCCCCCCAGGCAAUGAAUCUAGCUUGCCUCUGGGCCAGGUCUGGACGAUCCGACCCCAGCCUUUACCGCUGUCCCUGCUCAGCCAAUCGGAAGGCAGACGAGAAGGCGGUAUCGGCCCCUCCCUCCAGGGUCUCCUGGGACCACGUCUGUCCAGCUCCCAGCUGUCCUUCAGCAGCACGUCCACUCCCCUGCCGGUGGCUGAUCGCUUCUCUGCAGGCAGUGCUGCGGACACCCCCGGGCCGCCCCCUCCUCAGCGAGGACCCCACCGCUCGGGCCUUGGCUUGGGCCUGGGCUGCACCUCCAGCCUCGCGUACGACGGUCUGUACGGGAAGUGGAGCCUCCCUGGCAGGAAGGGCUUCACUGGGCUGCCUGUGGGGGACAGGGACAGGGAGGGGGAUAAUUCGGGGACACAGUCCAGCAGCGUUGGCACUGGGGUCGGGACACCAGCAAGGGCCACUGGGACUCGGAACCAGAAUGCUUCUCUCCCCAUUUCCUCCGAUCUCAGCCAGGUGCCUGAGCUAGGUGGGGCCCCUAUCACCUCUACACAGCCCAGCGAGGCCACUCCCCUGGCCCUGGGGGACCCCCUGACCCCACGGGAGACCCCCAAAGAGGACCCAGUAGAGCUCUCCUUACUGGAGCACCAACACUGAACUGCAGGGACACUGGAAACCACAGCUAAACUGGAACAAAAAAAAAAACUAAGCCAGCCAUCCAGCCUCCAUGCAGAGAGUGGCACUACCAAGCAGGCUUGAGAGUCUAAUCAUAUUGCUGACCAGGAAAGCCUGUCCUCACUCUUCUGACUUUACUGGAAUACCACGUUGCAAGGCACGGGGAGAUCUGGGAGAGAGACUGGAUUAACGCAGCCGAAUGUGGAGAUUCCCAUAGCUACAGGAGGUUUGGCGGUUGGCUAUAGCAGUACCAAAGCCUGGCUCUGGGAUUUUACCAGCAAGCCAACUGGUGGAGUACUGGGAGAGAGAAGUACUGUAUCCUAUGUGUUUUAUUUAUUGCUGUCUACUUUGUGCUGUGCAAAGGGAAACGUUUGGUUGACCCAUUUGUCUUUUUGAUAAGGGGAACUAGCAAGCGAAGUCUGACUGCCCUCCUUCCUUCCUGUCCCAAAGCAAGAGAAAACUGAGCUGUUCUGGAGCAUACAAGGGAAGAGAGAGCUUGGUUUUAUCCAGAGCAGACCUAGAACUGGCGCCACAAUCGAUAUCGGUGAAGCAAGAGUUCUGUACAGAAAUGUCUGUCCUGAUCUUAGAGAUUGGAUUUAUAAUAGUUGCUGCACUGGAUGAUUGAGGAUGUGCUGCGUCACCAAAGGGUAGAAUUUUUUUUUGUUUUGUUUUUAGGACAAAAUAAAACGGGACUAGGCAAAAGUACGGGCUGCAUGCCUCGCCACUCCCAAACGGAACGUCCCGUAGAUUUCCCCCCCCCCCCGAUUACAGCCUCGCUCUCUUUCUAACACGGCUCUUCCUCCUUCAUCUCCAAGUUUAUUUGACCUGUUUGCUUUUUUUUAUUUCUCUCCGGAGAGGCAUUGAGGUUGAGGAACCUUUUUGUAGUGCUACUACUAUCUCCAGCGUUGUAGCUGGAAGCCGAGGAAAAACUAACAAGCAUCAAAUGUAAAAAAAAAUAUAUAUAUAUAUUUAUUUGGUGGCUAGACUAAUCAAGGGAUGGGUGUUUUGUUAUAUCAUUUUUUUUUUUUAAAUACUAAGUUAGAAUUAUUUUAUGGGGGGGUGGGAGGUUGUCAUCUACACGCGCUUUACAAUUUAAAUUUCCGUGGCUUGUAACGAUCACCCUGCACCCAGUCCUGGGUUUCAGGGCUUGGUUCAGUCUAUUGAAGGUGUUGAACAAAUCCUUCUUUCCCUUUUUAAAAUGAUCCGGUGAGCUGAGCAGUUGGACCCCCUGCUAAAUCAACGUGCCGAUUAAAGUUUCUGUUUUAUUUUUUUUUGGCCAUGCAAAAUCAUUUUGAAAAUUAUUUAAAUGUGUUGUGGUGUUUUUUUUUUUUCUGCACAUGUUGUGUUUUUUUAUCGCAUAUUAAUUUAUAGAAUUGCAUUUUGCGCUUUGUAGUUUUCCAUAUACUAAACAAAAAACUGACCAAUUGAAAAAUUGACAUUUUGAAAUCUAACAUGAAAUACUACUAUUCUGGCUUCCAGUAGACCUUUUGCGACAUGAUUUGGUAGUUUCUUUGAUUUACGUUAAGUAACAUUUGUAAAUUAUGUUCAUCAUGUAACGUGUGUGUUUUUUUUCAAUUGUCUUAAUCCUAAAAUUCUUGGUGAUGCAAAACCUUUGGCCAUAGCUGGCGAUCAGCACUGGUUGCUCAUUAAAACACCCUUGUUAAGCCACAGAUACGAAGCCAUGUAUUACACUACAAGCGCACUAAAUAAGAUUCCAUAUCGCUGUAAAGCUACUGUGUUAACCAUAUCGAUCGGUCUUUCAAUAAUCGAAAAACAAGACAGCGUGCUAAGAGUCUGUGUGGUCAUCUUUCUGACUAGGCUUGUCAAAAACACUAAACCGAUUUCACAGUAUAUAUUCUCUCAUAUCAGAAAGGCAUAUCGGAGACACUCUCUGACUGCUCCUAUUAGAUCCAAUCAUUUAUCUACAAGUGUCCCAUCUGAUUGUGACUAAACUGGUCCAGGGUUGUGAUUGGUCGCCUCUGGUUUAGCAUUUUAGUUGUUUUUUUUUCUAGAUCUAAUAACCAAGUCGAUGCAAGACAAGUUGGGAUCACUUUUUCUCCGAACCUGGCUUGAUUGUUCUGUCGCAUAUCACAAAUUGCUCGUCUUUCUUGUGUUGAUAAUACUGUGGGUUAAAGGGGGGGUUCUAGUAUCACGUCACCCUGCCCUGUGUUGUCUAGAAGAAUCACUGCUCUGUAAAUGUGUUUAAAACGAAAGACGAACUGUCUGUCAUUGGUUUUUCUUUUUUUUUGGCAGGCGGGCGGGGGGGGGGCGUGUCAAACAGACGUUGUUGUAUUAUAUUGCACACUGUAUAUAUAAAAAAAAAAUACAAUAAAAAAUGCUUUUUUUUCUAAAGGGAUUGUAAUUUAAAAUCAAGAAUCAUGUACAGGUUUUUAAAGAAGUGACUUUUUUUUUUAAUUAAAGAUUCUUUGUGUAA